GAUCACCAGCUUGCCACAGUCACUGUCAACUCUUGAACAUUUUCCAGUAUUGGAAUUUGUAUAACUUGUAAAGUUCUAUCUAUCAUCUCCAUUCCUUCAAGCGUGGAGUUUCAUGGAAAUUAUACUCUAAUCCGAACAUCCGACUAUUCGCCCCCCCCACCCAUCAAACGCCAUGGACCUCGAGGAAUUAAGAUCCCAAUUUCCAUCCCCGACAGUCCUAGAAGAUCCGCUCUCGAUGUUCUUUGAUUUUGGAACACCAGUUCAAGAAGUUCAGAAUAAACACCAAACUACAACUCAGAGUCACGAGCCUAGAGGCGGCGUUAGGGUCUCGUUGGCAUGUGUGCCGUGUCGAAGUCGUCAUGUAAAAUGCGGAGCAGAGAUGCCUUCAUGUAGUCGUUGUCAGCAAGACGAUAAGCCGUGCUUUUAUGCAAAGUCAAGAAGAGGCAUGAGAUACAAGAAUGCUUCCAGAAAAAGAAACUCGACAAAAGCGCAUGUUGAAAAACGGUAUAUUAUAACAGAUCAAGGAAAGUAUUCUACUUCAGCAGGAAGUCAUGCUGGGAACUCAUCUAGUGAAUCGUGGACUGGUGCAGUUUCUGACGCAUCACCAAGCCCUAGUAGCUCUUCAUCCAGAUUACACAGCGUUAAUCUCAUGGACUCAAAAAGGCUGAUUGAUCUUUACUACAAUUUCUUCCACAAAGCCCAUCCAUAUAUUAUGCCAAAACCUCAUUUUCUAAAUAGACUGAAAUCCAACCCAGACUCUUUGAAUAACCUUCUUCCAGUAAUGCAAUAUAUCGGAUCGCUAUAUGCACCUGAUCUUUCAUCAGCAGAGUUCAGGUCUAUAGCUUUAAGCCAACUAAAAUUAGUCAAUUUGCCACAAAAUGGCUUUAGCGUUCAAACUUUACUUUUACUUGCCAUUGCUGUCCACGCGGAAGACGAAAGAGAAAAAGCACGGGCUAUCUUGGAUAGAAAUAUAUGCAUGGCAUUAGAGCUCGGGAUGAAUCAUCGAGCUUUUGCUGAGAUGGAAAGAGAUCUGGUAUUAGCUGAGAGCUGGAGAAGAACCUUUUGGGGCCUGUACGUUCUUGAUGGAGUGUUUUCUGGUAUUGCUUGUGCGUCUAGUUUUAUUUUAUCCGCAAUUGAAACACAAGUAGAUCUGCCUUGUGAGGACUAUGAAUAUGAGAGCGGAAGCAUUCCGCAACCUCGCACUCUCUCAGAUUAUGACUCCCGUGAUUUUGAAGACGAGAUCCCGGUAUUCUCCUCUUUUACAUACCUCAUUGACCUUGUCCGCAUCAUUGGUACAAUUCUUAGCAUCAAUGACAUCACGGGCAAAAAUCUAGAGCCUGCUGUUACAAAUGCCGAUGCUAUGCUUGUGAAUUGGAGACUCCAUUUACCAGUGGAGAAACAAGGGGUGGUGGAUAAGAAUGAGGAAGUCGAUGAAUUGUUAUUUCAAGCACAAAGUUUACUGCAGACACUUCUAGUAGUUAUCCACCGUCCCCUAUCACGCCUUUACCACUCACCACUCGAGAAAAUCUCCCGCUGUGCACCACCACCAUCCACCUCUUCCCCAACCGGCAACGAAGAUCUCACCCGCUGGCUUCACACAAAGAAAACCAUCGAAGCAGCCCAAACAGCCAUGAAUCUCUAUGCACUUCCUAGUUCAAUAUUACUACACACGCCUCUCGGUAUUUGUGGGAUUACAAAAGCAACACUCGCAAAUCUCAGUGCCUGUGCUUAUGUGUAUAACAAUAGAGGAGAUGACAGGGAAAGAGGAGGAAAUCUCGAAAGGUCGAGUGAGUGGAAGAUGGCUAGGGAUAGGAUUAGAUUGGGAUUAGGCGCCACGAAGGUUUUGGCGGGGGUUUGGGAGGGUGCGCGAGGGACAGAAAGAGAAUUGAAGACGAUUGCCAGAGGCGUCUUUGCGAAUGGUACGAGGAGAGAAGAGAGUAGAAUGACGAUACUGGGGACGCGUGGGGCGAGCGAAGAAGGGGGUAACGGAGGAUAUGUGGGGAUGGGAACGAGAACGGAGUUUGAAGGGAUUGGCCGAGAAAAUGGAUAUUCAACGGGUGACGGCUUUGAGGAGAAUUUUAGAGCGGGGGAGUUUGAGUAUUUGGGAAUUCUAAAUGGUUUGGCUGUGGGAACGAAUGUUGGAAUGGUGGGGAACGGUGGAGCUUCGAAUGGUUGUUGAAGAAAAGACGAAUAUCAUUGAAUUUAACGCAGGUAGAAACGGGACAUUACUUUCUAUGAGAAGAUAAAAGAUGUUGGAUGAAUGAAAAGAUUAUCA